AUGUCGCUCUCGUUAGGGCAAGCGAUUUGGAUUGCUGUAAAGCCCAUAAUAAAGAUAUAUUUGAUUAUGGGUACUGGUUAUCUUUUAGGAAGGUAUAAUAUAUUUAGUGUUGAUGGUACUAGAGCUGUAUCAGACUUGGUAUUAAUGGUUCUCAUGCCGUUAUUGUCAUUUAAUAAAAUUGUGUCUAACAUUGACAUUGGGGAUAUAAAAAACGUUGGGAUAAUAUGUUUGUCGUCGAUGCUAUUAUUUGGAGCUGGGCUACUGUCUGCGCUUGUGGUUCGUAAGAUCUUGCCAGUGCCACGGGAAUGGAGGAAUGGGAUGCUUGCAGGUAACAUGUUUCCCAAUAUCGGUGAUUUGCCGAUUGCAUACUUGCAGACGUUGGCUAAGAGUUCUGUGUUCACGCCGGAUGAGGGUAACAAGGGGGUGGCAAACUCUAUUAUCUAUCUGACGGUGAUGAUGGUGUGUGUGUUUAACCUAGGAGGGUUCAGGCUUAUAGAGUCUGAUUUCAAGUACCGAGAUGAGGAGAAUGAUCUGCACGAAACUAAAAACGAGGUGACAUCGCAUAGCAAGAGCACUUCUACGGCAUCUCCACGCCAGUUAGUGGAAGAGGACAUUGAGGAUGAAGAGAUGGUGGCGGACUUGGGCGCGUCUGUCGCUGAUUUACCGUCACUGCCGGCGGAGCCAUCUCCUAGUACCGUAAUAUCAAGCAAUGGCCAUAGUCCUGACAAGAUGGUACCGAUACCGCUGACAAAUGCAAAUAGGUCGCGAAGGGAUAGUCAUGCGACAUAUUCUAGCUCUCACCACCGGAGCAAUUCUCUUGUGUCUACUGUACGAUCCAUAGAUCUUCGCCGCACGCGCGCGGGCAUGAACGAGUUAGUGAGAGAAUACUCACACGUUGACAGAUUUGGCAGGCGAAGAACACUUAGUGAGGAUUCUGUAGCUUCUGAUUCUACCGGCAUUCCUUUUGCACCUAUAGCGUUGGCGAAUCAGACGUCUACGUUAACGCGGAUAUUGACUACUGAUGCCACUAUCAGUAGCAAGGAUAUUAAGGAAUCUGGUCGCAAGUUGCCAAAAAGGCUAAGUAAAUUUCCAUUUGCUAACCAUAUUGUCUUCUUCUUCAUGAACUGUUUAAGGCCAUGCUCAAUGGCAGUUAUUGUGUCAUUGAUAAUUGCAUUUGUACCAUGGCUAAAAGCUCUAUUCGUUAGAACCCCAACUACUGUUGAUAUGCAUCAGGCGCCAGAUAAUCAACCAGUGUUGAGCUUUGUCAUUGAUUUUGCAGAAUACGUUGGUGCCGCCUCUGUUCCUUUCGCAAUUUUGAUUUUAGGUGCAACAUUAUCAAGGUUAAAACUAUCGGGCUUGUAUCCGGGCUUCUGGAAGACUGCAGUAACUUUAGUGUUUUUGAAAUUGAUUGUAAUGCCAAUAAUUGGUGUAUUAUGGUGCUGGGCAUUGACAAAAACAGGUUGGGUAAGCUGGGAAGACGAUAGAAUGGUGCUCUUUGUAACAGUGAUUAAUUGGUCCUUGCCCACAAUGACUGCUACGAUAUAUUUUACUGCAAGUUAUACACCAAUAGAUGCGACUGAAACCAUCCAGUUAGAUUGUAUUGCGUUUUUCCUCUUGUUACAAUAUCCCUUGCUAAUGUUUACUUUACCGACAUUGGUGACAUAUGUAUUAAAAUCGAAUAUGCAUUUGUGA